UUCGUUGUCACCUCGGAGUGGAAUUAGAGCAAUCUGGACAAAGUGUUCCGUCGUGGCACCAGGCUAGCUAUCCUGGUAGACAGGACUGUAUCUGGAAUGCGAACGCCUUUAGAAAAGAAAAGAAGAAGGAAAAAAAACAUUGUCUGCGCCACGUGUAAUCAAGUGAAAUCCUCUUCGUGAACACUUGAGCCCACGAACCUAAUGGGAACGAAGGCAAGGCACUGCUUGUCUUCCUGUCUCAAGGGUGCCCCAGGCAGUACCGGGCACACUGCAUCAAGCCUUCCUGCAGGAUGUAGCCGAAGCCUUCUAUCAAGCUGCUUUUGACCGACGUGGACCACGAAGCGCCCGGAGACGUCACAUGGGCAGUUUGUGCUUCCCCCUCCGUCCUCGAUGGAUUCACACACCCGGCGUCUCCUCUCGACAGAUAGCGGAGCCUAGGAUCAAUCGCCAAACGCCACUGUGCAUACACUCUGCCAACGUGGGACCAUAAUGACGUGCGCGAAGCCUCUCUUGACCAAAUGCCGCCCUCAGGCACUCAUCGUUCCUCGUGGCUCUCGACACUCUGCAUCUUCGGCAUCUAGCAUUGUUGAACGGCGUCCAGGAAUCACCAAUGAGCCUCUAAGGAGUGCCGAAGUAGUCCACGAACUAGUUCAAAUCAACUCAAGUCUGUUCUCUUAGCCGCAGCACACGGAAUCGUCUGCUCAACCGGAGCCCACGAGAUGUCGACCCCAACAUUUGAAAGGUGUUCGGCUGAGUCCGAUAGAGGGAUGGCCACUCAGUGUGCGAGGUCUAGAACUGCCUGUACCACUGGAAGGGAAGGGAGGAGUGAGGCAAGGGCUAUCAUCGAUAGAUCUUCGAUCGGGCAGAAGUGCAGAAGACCUUAUCCAUGGCCGAGAUCAUCGCUCGACGAUGAAGCCGCCUCCACUGAGCACAGAAGCAUCUAGAGAUCUGCGAUGUCGACGUAAUAAGUUACACACGGCCAUGAGAGAUAACAUCUCGGCAUCUAAAGAGGUGAUGACUGUGAUGCCAUCCUCGAUAUAUAAGACCAGCAUUGAGAUUUCCUGGUGGAUCUGGUUAGUCUCUAUUUCCGACAGACACCCGUCGAGAUUUCGUUUUCACGACCACUGCCGCAAAUAUGGCAACCCAAGACAACCAGCUACGCCCCGCUGCUACCAAGAAGCAGGUAUCGUACACCACGCCGAGCACUGGUGAUACAGCUCACCACGACUUCGGGCCCGAGCACAAUCCCAGCUCUCUCAACCGCGCGUCUGGAGGCUCAGAGAAGCCAUUCACAGAGGACCUCGAGAGUGGAAACCAAAGACUCAAUCCGGCCCGGCCCACCCUAUUCAACCGAACCUUCACUCAGCAGUUCCGAGCUGCAGAGACUGGUGAGGCCGAGGUGGACUUUGGCUCCCUCUCGCAGAAAGAGAAGCGACAAGUUGUCAAGUCUGGAGUACACUCGUACAUCGCAGAUGCAAAUUUCAAGAACCAUAUUGUCGCCGCCUUGGGCGAGUUCGUUGGAACGACGAUGUUUCUCUUCUUUGCAUUCACCGGCACUGCUGUCGCGGUUAUCCAACCUGGGGAUGGCUCUUCGGGCUUCAAUAUCUCGGUUCAAACGUACAUUGCCCUGUGCUUCGGCUUCUCUCUCAUGGUCAACGUGUGGGUCUUUUAUAGAAUCUCGGGCGGUCUCUUCAACCCAGCUGUCACUCUAGCGCUUGUCCUCAUCCGUGCUAUUACACCUAUCCGUGCCAUUUUCGUCUUCGUCGCUCAGCUUCUCGGCGGUAUUGCUGCUGCAGGCUUGGCCUCGUGCAUGUUCCCAACCGAGCUCAGCGUCAGCACGACCCUGUCAGAAGGUGUGUCCCUCGCUCAAGGUGUGUUCAUCGAAGCUAUCUUGACAUUCGAGCUGGUCUUCACCAUUUUCAUGCUUGCUGCCGAGAAGCACCGCGCAACCUUCGUCGCUCCUGUUGGUAUCGGCCUCGCCCUCUUCAUCGCCGAGAUGAGUGGCGUGUAUUACACUGGGGGGAGUCUGAACCCAGCCCGGAGCCUGGGGCCCUGCGUUAUUGCCGCCGAUUUCCCCAGCGAGCACUGGAUUUACUGGGUCGGCCCGGCAAUAGGAUCUCUAGUCGCUUUUGGCUUGUAUAGGGCCAUCAAGCUAUUGCGAUACGAAAUGGCAAACCCAGGGCAGGACUCGAACGAAUAAAGAGUUGUCUAAACGGUCUAAGAGUUGUCUAAACGGUCUUCAGAUCGUUGCGAUAUGCAAUGGACAUCGGGAUGGGAGUGAAUUGAUGAGACUUAUUGAGAUAGCGCAUUCUUCCCAAGGGUUGUCGGCGCUUGGACUAAUGAUUGCUCAUGAAUGGUUUCUUGAUGUAGUUCUAGUCCUCCUUUUUUUCUCUUUUUCUGUUUUUGAAGCCGUUGAUCGGUGAGCAAUGGUUGGUAAGGCGGUAAAUUUCCGCGGUGGACGUGAUUCCAUAAGGCACAGGCACAUCUUUGGACAUAUACGGAAUAGAAGCGGAGCCAGUUUAUUCA